AUGUCUAAACAAGAACAACAACAACAACAACAAGAACAACAACAACAACAACAACAACAACAAGAACAACAACAACAACAACAACAACAACAGCAAAAACAACAUCAUAAUCAUGGCAUUACACUAAUAUCAUUAUCAUCAUCAACUGAUAAUCAGGAUAUUAUUAUUACUACUACAACUACAACUACUACUAUCAAUAAUACUCAUACAACAACUACUCCGUCACCGAUACUGAUGAUGUCACUAACAAAGAAGCGUGGAAUUUUUCCAAAGCCAGCGACAAAUAUUAUGAGAACUUGGCUUUUUCAUCAUCUAACGGUUAGUUUAGAUUCAGGAAUAUAG